AUGACAAUCUUUAGUGGUACAGCUCAUAUAAGAAUAGUUGAAGCUCGCGAUCUUCGCCCCACUGAAUGGUCAAAAAGAUUCAAUAAUGCGAGUGAUUCUGAAAAGGUAUUGUUGGACACUUAUGUAAAUGUAGACUGCGAUGAAUAUCACAUUGGGCAGACUGUAACUCGACCAAAAACGACUACACCUGUAUGGAAUGAAGAUUAUCAGACUGAUGUUCAUAAUGGUCGGGUACUUGGUUUCACUGUCUUUCACGACUGUGCUCUACCCCCCGAUGAUUUUGUUGCCAACUGUCGUCUUCUUUUUGAAGAUCUCAAGAUUGGUAUCAGCAACGAUAUAUGGAUAGAUUUGGAACCACAUGGACAGCUUCAUGUACUUAUCAAACUCCAUGGUGCCUCAUCUGAAGAACCCUUAGAGAAUGCUGGUAAGGAGAGAGUCUUUAAAGAGCGUACCAAUGCCUUCAAUGAUCGCCAACGACGUGGCGCCAUGCGCAGAAAAAUUCAUGAGGUCACUGGUCAUAAGUUUAUGGCACUAUUUUUGAGACAACCAACCUUUUGCGCACAUUGCAAAGACUUCAUUUGGGGUCUAGGCAAGCAGGGUUAUCAGUGUCAAAUCUGCACAGUAGUUGUGCAUAAACGAUGCCACGAAAAUGUAGUCUGGAAAUGUCCUGGAAGUAAAACGAACGCGAUGGAUGAAUUGCAGUCCGAAGCUGCUGAACGAGGAUUGGGUCGAUUUAACAUAAAUAUGCCACAUAGAUUUACCGUGCAUAGUUAUAAGCGGCCAACAUUUUGUGACCAUUGUGGGUCGAUGCUGUAUGGAUUAAUUAAUCAAGGUCUUCAAUGUUCGGUGUGCAGGCUCAACGUUCAUAAGAGGUGCCAACGAAAUGUGGCGAAUAACUGUGGCAUUAAUGCUAAACAAAUGGCUCUCGAAUUAGCUCAGUUAGGAUUGACUGGUGAUAAAAUGUCAAUUCGAUCUAAGAAAAAGCCAGCAAUUGUGCCCGACACAACAAGUGGAGCAAUUUCAUCUCCGGGAGACUCAUCAUCACUAUCAACAUUCUCAAAUUCUAGGGUUGAUGUUGAACGAUCAAAUUCAAAUUUCUUGCCAUCACUUCGGGAAAAUGACGAAGUAAUUGAGAAAGAUGAAGCUGCUGGUUCGUCUCUUGCAAUGCCAUCAACCAAGCCAACUACAAUUGGUCUUGAGGAUUUCAACUUUAUCAAAGUACUUGGAAAGGGAUCUUUCGGCAAGUCUCAAGGAGGCGAAGAUGCAAUCAGAGCUCAUCCAUUUUUUCGCGAUAUUGACUGGGAAGCACUUGAAGCGAGAAAAGUUAAACCGCCUUUCAAACCCAAAAUUAAAUCGAAGCGUGAUGUUAACAAUUUUGAUGCUGAUUUUACGAAGGAAGAACCAGUUUUAACUCCAACAGAAGCAGUGGUUAUAAAAACAAUUAAUCAAGAGGAAUUUAAAGAUUUCUCUUUCAUAAAUCCCGACUUCACAUUAUGCUAA